AUGGCUGAUGAAGAGGACUAUUCGUCUUUACCGCUAUCUGAACGUUUGGUACAUAAAGUGUGGAAAGUUCGUCAAGCUUCUUACUUGGAAAUCAUAAAAUCCUUUGAACAAUCUCCAAACGAAAAUGCUGAGUGUUUUCAGCCCUUUUUGCAUGACCCGAAUAUAUUCAAAUCCAUUGUCGUUGAAAAAAAUGUUGUCGCUCAGGAUACUGGGAUCUUGGCUCUAGUCAAGUUUCUAGAGUUUGGUGGAACUAAUGCCUGUAUCAAAUUAAGAUCAACUAUCAUGCCAUCACUAAUUGAAAAGGCUCUCUCAUCUUCAAGACCUUCCACAAAGAAAAACUCAAUAGAGGCAAUUUUAUGGUUUAUAGAAUUGGAUAUCCCAGAUCCUAUCAUUGAAGAUCUAUUAUUGUUCAUUCCUCACAAAUUACCCAAAUUGGUGGUGGGAACUCUACAAGCUUUGGUGGAAAUCUUUAAAAGCUUCGGUGCAAAAGUAAUAUCUCCUAAACCAAUUAUCCCGUUAUUACCAAAACUAUUUGCUCAUGGUGAUAGAAAUGUCAGAGCUCAAACUUCAAAUUUAUCCUUAGAGAUUUACAGAGGCAUGGGCGAGCCCUUUUCACAAAUCUUAUUUCCGGAUUUGAAACCUGUACAGGUCAAGGACCUAACAAAACUAUUUGAUUCAAUCAAAAACGACCCUCCGUGUCUUCCUCCAAGAAUGCUAAAAUCAGCAAGAGAGGCAUUGGAAAGAGAAAAGGCCAUCUUGAAUACUUCAAAUGCUUUAGCAGGCAAUACCGACAAUGAUUACGACAUGUCAUCCCCUGCAAACGAUCAACUGCAAGAGUUAGAUGCCUACGAUAUGAUCACUGCGGUAGAUCUUUUACCAAACUUACCAGAAGACUUAUCAACAAGAAUCAACUCAUCCAAAUGGAAAGAGAGAAAAGAAGUCCUAGAAGAGAUACAACCAAUGUUUGCCAAAACAAUGAAAUUGGCCAAGAAUGUCGACUAUUCGGAUUUCAUAAGAAUCUUAUCCAAAUGCAUGAAAGAUGCAAAUAUAAUGGUAGUCACCUUCGCCGCAAAUAUAACAAGCUCCAUAGCGAAAGCAUUGAGAAAAGAUUUCCAAAAAUAUCUAGAAUUGAUUUUUAUAAACAUACUUGAAAGAACUAAAGAGAAAAAACCAUCCAUUGCUGAUGCCCUAAAUGAAGCAUUGUUUUCCUGCUUUAACAGUUCUUCAUUGUCUGACAUUUUACCCGACUCUUUAAAAACAAUUACCCAUAAAACUCCUCAAAUUAGAAUAUCUUGUACAAAAUUCCUAAUAAAAUGUCUUCAAAAUACUAAAAUUCCCCCUACUGAUGAUGAAGUCAAAUCAAUAAUGGAAGUGGGCUUGAAAAUACUAAACGAUACUCAAGCACCCGUUAGAAAUGAAGCCCAAGAACUAAUUGGAACUUUAAUGAAAAUAACCGGUGAAAGACAGUUGAAUCAAUAUUUUGAAAAUAUAGAUCAAAUUAAAACUAAAAAAAUUAAAGAGUGUUUCGAAAAGGCCGAGGUCAAAGCAGUUCCGGUCGUCAUAAAACCAAAAACAAGAUCUAAACCAAAUCCUCCAUCUUUCAAUGGCCCAAGAAAACCCACUUUGGGAAAAAUGUCUAGGCCUCCAGCCUCAAAACCACCACCUAUUAACACAUUUAGCCCUUCACAAAUGCUUAAAAAAAACUUUUCGUCAAUACUUCCAUCAAAACGAAUGGCUAGUUCUCCGUUGAAACGGAACGACGAUACCACGGCUUUUAAAUCCACCAACACUAAUGGUGCAUUUCUACUGCAAGAAACAGGAAAACUAACAUCCAUUUCCUUGACAAAUAAUAACAUACGAAGCAAACUAGAAAGUGUUUCCAAUGAAAAUAAUUAUGACACUAAUUUCGAAUUAAAGCAACUCAAAAGGGAAAAAGAGGCUUUGCUAAAAGAAAAAAAUAAUUUUGAAUUGCAGCAAAGUACUUGGAACAUUGAAAAAAACAGAAUGCUAGAAGAACUUGAAAUGCUCAGAUUGCAAAACGAAUCUUUAAAAGUUGAAAAUCUGAACCUAGUUUCCAAAAGUAAAACAUUAAAAGAAGAAUUCACAAAUAACAAGUUGUCGCUAAAAUCUAAAGAUACACAAUUGACAAGAGUGCAAUUGGAUUUGGAAAAUUCCAGAAACAAAAUAAUAGAGUUGCAAAAGGAACUUGAAAAGGUCAGAUCUCAGUCCCAUUACUACCCAUUAACCUCAACGCAACUUAAACCAAACAACUUUCCAAACGCUAAACGUGCAAGUAUGUUUGAGGGUCUAAGCACAUCAUCAAUGCAAAUGAUUUCCAAUCAAUCAAAUGAUAUAAGAUCCGGUGUGGAAAACCUAUCGAUUGAAAACGGCUUGUCCUAUAUGAAUGAUGAUAAAAGCAUGUAUAAUUCCAAUUUCAACCAAAGGAACUCUGGACAGUUUAGUCCCAGACGAAGCAUGAUAGGAAUGCCACCUCCAAACAGACACAGCAAGACCAUGGCUAAUGUUUUUGAUCCAAACAACGAUGAUAGCUGGAGAAGAGCAGCCGAAGUGACGUCCCAGCUAAAGGCUAGAAUUGAAAAAAUGAAAGCGAGGUCGCGAAACAACAUUGGCUAG